CUAAUUUCUUCCUCCUUCUACCGAAGAAUCUCUCCACUCUUUUCUCAUCUUCCUUCUUUCGAAACCCUAAACUAGAAAGACCAGAUUUUUAAUUUUUUCAGGGAACUGAGAAUAGAAAAACCAACUUGGGUUCUCGUAGGUUUUGUUUUUUCGUGUGAUCUUGGAUUUUGGUGGGUCAUCAUUUGGAAGCUUACCCACCAGCGGCGGAUCAACUGUGCCGAUCCCUGGGUUCUCUGCAUGCCAAAUCGCCGGAGUGAUUGUCACUGUAACCUCCUUCCCGGCUAAUACGCCGGUGAAAUCUAUGGUUGGUGGUCAGAUUUGGAGCUCUGUGUCAUUUCCAAUUGUUUGUGCAUCUGGUGGAGGAUAAAUGCUCCUUGUUUUGGAUCUAGGGAUUUCGACUCUUGUCCUUGUGAUCUCUCUUGUUCUUCCUCUGUUCGCCUUCUUUGUUCGGCGAAAAUGGAGGCUAGCGGCCGUAAGAAGGCAGGAAAUUCAGAGACUUCUUAUUCAUGCUUCUGAGGAGGCUGCUAGGGCAGAACUUGAGGCCUCCUUCGAGUUCUCUUCUGUGCCCGUCUCUAAUAACUUCCAGUGUCCCGUGUGCUUUUGUCUUGCCACGACUCGGUGCUCUCGGUGCAAAGCCGUGCGGUAUUGUUCCGGGAAAUGUCAAAUCAUCCACUGGCGGCAAGGUCACAAAGAUGAAUGUCGUCUUGCUUCUAUCAUAUAUAAUACUGACGAUGAGAAAAGUGACACUGACUGGAAAUUCAGUGAAGAAAAUAAAGGGAAUACUGAAGCUUUAUUGGUGUAUCCAGAACCAGUUCCUAUACCAGUCAGGGAAGCAAUAUUCUCUAAUCCUGCUAGAUCUCCUGAAGAUGAGAAUGGAGAUAGUGCAGAUAACAAAGAUGACCUUAUAGAUAAGGAAGAAGCUGUUUCUGUUGCUGAUACAUCUGGAUCGUCGUUUUCUGGCUUCUCCUCCUCCCCUCGUAAUGACUCUGGUGAUGAGAGUUCUCUUUGUGAGAGCUUCAGUUCAUCUGAUUCCGAGAGAUCCGAGUCCCCCCUUGAUGCUCAUGUUUCUGUAGAGGAGACCUGUUUAAGCACAAUUGAUGAUGCUCCAUCCAAACCGUUAACUCCUAAAUUUGUGCAUUUGGUUGAGUCUAACUUGCCCAAAUUAAGCCUGAAUAAAGCUGGGGGUGAUACUGGGCAGAACCAGAACCAAUCAAGUAGCUUACAGUCGUUAGUUAUGGAAAAGCAUCGAAGAUCAGCGGACCCGUCUCCUCUGAAGUCAUCUGAUUUUUGGGGUACGACUCUUGGAUCAGCAGAAGCUGUAAGGGAAACUUGUUAUAAUUCUAAAUCUCGUGGACCUGUUAAAUCCUCUUUGCAUUUCUCCUUUGGCUCCUCCAGAGACACCUCAGCUACUAAAGUUUCUCAGCAUAGGAGUAGCGAAGCGGACGAAGCUCCUAGGGUUGCAUUAGGGACUGGUGAUUUUUCUGUUGAGGUGAAUGUAAAAGAAAGAAUUGCUAACAGAUCUGAUGCAGCUGAAAUCUCAUUACCAUCUUCCUCUUCUACUGAUGCGCGGGGACCUUUGAACACUACUGCUCUGACCCCUGUGACACUUCAGAAGUUAAAGAGCACCAGUAGUGGAAGUGGUUGUACGUUGGCCCCUUUGAAGGUUGGGGAAGUCCAAAUUUUGGCAUCUAAGGCCCCAAAUACUAGUGAGUGUGCUGAUGUUGAGAAACAUUCUCCUCUAGGUGCAAAAUCUGGAAGAGUUCUUGACCAUCAGAAACAGAAUGGUGUUGCCGUUCACCAUAUAAAUUCUCUACAUGGAAGAAAUGGUUUGAAGGCAUCAGUGCUAAAAGUUGUAGACCAGUGGACUAGACCGAAGUCAUCGGCUGAGAAUGAGAUGGCAGGAAGACAUGGUCAUAAGGGGCUCUUUCCAUAUGAAUUAUUUGCUAAGCUGUAUACGAAUAAAAUUGAGUUCCAGCCUUGUGGCCUCAUCAACUGUGGUAAUAGCUGCUUUGCUAAUGUUGUCUUCCAAUGCCUGAUGCUCACUCCUCCUCUGACCUCCUACUUCCUUCAGCAAUUCCAUUCUAGAGCAUGUCCAAACAAAGAACAGUGCUUCACCUGUGGGUUUGAGAACCUGGUCUUACUGGCAAAAGAAGGGAAGUCUCCACUGUCCCCUAAUGGGUUGCUAUCACAGCUGCAGAAUAAUGGAAUCUAUCUUGGGAAUGGCAAGCAAGAAGAUGCACAUGAAUUUCUCAGGUUUGUUGUCGACAUAAUGCAGUCUGUGUGCAUUAAGGCAUCUGAAUAUGAUAUGCAAAAGACUAGGAAACUCGAAGAUACAACUCUAAUUGGUUUGACAUUUGGGGGAUACCUCCGAUCAAAGAUUAAAUGCAUGAAAUGUCAAGAAACAUCUGAGCGGCGUGAGAAAAUGAUGGAUCUAACAGUUGAGAUUGAUGGGGAUAUUAGCACCUUAGAGGAUGCUUUGCGUCGAUUUACAAGGACUGAGAUAUUGGAUGGAGAAAACAAAUACAAAUGUGGCAGGUGUAAAUCUUAUGAGAGAGCCAAAAAGAAACUGAAAAUUACAGACCCUCCGAAUGUCCUUACAAUUGCACUAAAACGAUUCCAGUCAGGGAAAUUCGGGAAACUCAAUAAGUUGGUCAGGUUUCCAGAAACUCUAGAUUUGGCUCCGUAUGUCAGCGGAGGAAGUGAAAAAUCACACGACUACAAACUCUAUGGAGUUAUUGUUCACUUGGAUAUAAUGAAUGCGGCGUUUUCUGGUCACUAUGUUUGCUAUAUCAGAAACAGUCUAAACAAGUGGUACAAGGCUGAUGAUAGCACGGUAGUAACUUAUGAUGUUGAACGGGUCUUGACAAAGGGAGCGUAUAUGUUGUUCUAUUCAAGAUGCUCUCCGAUGCCUCCAAGAUUAGUAGUGUGUAAUAAAAUAGAAGCAUCCAAUAAAAAAAGCAGUGUGCCGGUACCUAGGACUACUGUAUCACGGUCUGUGUCUACUGCAAGUCCUGUGUUGUCUUCCAACACACCCGGUGGUGGUCGAUCUGGCAAUAUACAGUCGUUUUAUUCCAGUUUCCAGAGACUGCAGAGGAUUUUAGAAGAUGACUCGGCGAGUGACAGUUCUUCUCUCUUUGACAGCAACUCAGAUGAAUGCUCUUGUAGCACAGACAGUACAAGCAUGGACGACUUUGCUGAUUUCAUUUUUGGAGAUCAUCAAGGACGGGCUCAUGGACAUUCCGAGGCACCCUCUCCAACAUCAUCUUCUUCCUCGUCUUCUCCUCUCUUCACAAGGCAUUCGCCACUAGGUCGUUCUUCUCCAGAAACUCACGGAGCCUCGAGACAUCACUUGCCCUUGGGAGGAGAAAGGUAAGGGAAAAGAUGGUUUUUUUGUCCAAUGGCCCAAUUAAGUCAAAGUAGUAGAAGAAAGUAGAUUUACACGUAGAGGGGGGUGGUUUUAUUAACAAACCUUUUAGGCUUGGUGAAAGUGGUUAUUGACAAGUGGUAUAUAUAGUAGUGUACAGUGGGGAAGAGAGAUUUUGCCCAUGAAAAUGUAUCACCCGUAAUGGAACGGAAUUUACUUUUGUUGAUAAGUUCCUUUGAUUUUAUAAUAAAGCUAAUCUAAUCGUGCACACAA